AUGCAAGAUGACUCUACCAUGUCUUCGUUAGUGGCCUAUGAAGAUUCAGAUUCUGACUGUGAUGAUGAAAUCAAAACAUGCCAUGCAGAGACUUGUCCAUCGUCGACCUGGAAAAGCAAGUCUCCAGUAGUUGAAAUGUAUUCUUCUGUACCUUCAUCGAGCCACGUCCAACCGUACGUCCUCAAGAGGCAGAGGUGUGCUCCGGUUGAAAGCUCAGAGCCAUCAGAUGCAUCGGAGCACAUCCACAGAGAGGAGAGGCCAAUUCUGUCUGACGGGGCCCACACGGUGAAGCAAUGUCUUUCACAGAAGCUUCCAGUGCUGUCAGCGGCCCCCAAGAGACUGCACAUGAGGCUGGGGGGUCACCAGGGCCCGGUCAACACGGUCAAGUGGUGUCCUGUCCCUCACCUGAGCCAUUUGCUGCUGUCUGCAUCCAUGGACAAGACGUUUAAGGUGUGGGACGGGGUGGAGAGCGGGCGCUGCCUCAGCAUCUACAAAAGUCACUCAGAGGCAGUCAGAGCGGCCUGCUGGAGCACCCAUGGGAGACACAUCCUGACCGGGGCCUUCGACAACUCUGCCCAGGUCACAGACGUCGAGACUGCUCGUCCCGUUGUGAAGCUGGACGCUCAGUUCCGGGUGACGUGUGUGGCGGUGCACCCAUCGCAGCCAGAGGUGGUGCUGUGCGGAGGCUACGGUCCAGCGCUGAAGGCCUGGGACACUCGCAGUGCUAAGGUGGUGAGGGAGUACAAGGCGGCCGUACAGCAGGCUCUGGACGUGCUGUUUCUGCGAGGAGGACAGGAGCUGGUCAGCAGCAGUGACUGUGUGAGCCGGGACUCUGCCGAUCGGACUCUGAUUGCCUGGGACUACGCCACCACUGCCCGCCUUUCCAACCAGAUCUACCAGGAGCGCUACACCUGCCCCAGCCUGGCUCUCCAUCCUGUGGAAGACUCCUUUGUGGCCCAGACCAAUGGAAACUACAUGGCCUUGUUCUCCUGUCAGCGCCCCUAUAGGAUGAACAAGAGGCGCAGAUACGAAGGACACAAGGUGGAGGGUUUUGCCGUGCAGUGUGCCUUCUCCGCAGACGGCGCCCUCCUGGCCUCGGGCAGCGCCGGAGGAUCGGCUUAUUUCUUCGACUUCCACAGUGGACAGACGGUGCACGUGCUACGAGCCCACGGCCAGGCCUGCGUCAGUGUGGCCCCCCACCCCGUCCUGCCCAGCACCACAGCCACCUGCUCCUGGGACGGGGAGAUCAAGCCCUGUUACCACCGGCUCUCCUCUCCUCUCCUCUGUUCCUCUCUCCUCUCCUCUGUUCCUCUCUCCUCUCCUCUCCUCUGUUCCUCUCUCCUCUCCUCUGUUCCUCUCUCCUCUCCUCUCCUCUUCUAUGCUUCUGUCUCAUCUCCUCUCCUCUGUUCCUCUCUCCUCUCCUCUGUUCCUCUCUCCUCUCCUCUCCUCUGUUCCUCUCUCCUCUCCUCUCCUCUGUUCCUCUCUCCUCUCCUCUGUUCCUCUCUCCUCUCCUCUCCUCUUCUAUGCUUCUGUCUCCUCAUCUCCUCUCCUCUGUUCCUCUCUCCUCUCCUCUCCUCUGUUCCUCUCUCCUCUCCUCUCCUCUGUUCCUCUCUCCUCUCCUCUGUUCCUCUCUCCUCUCCUCUCCUCUUCUAUGCUUCUGUCUCCUCAUCUCCUCUUCUCUGUUCCUCUCUCCUCUCCGAUGCUCCUGUCUCCUCUCUGCUCCUCUUCUCUCCUCUCUUCUUUGCUGCUGCUCCUCUUCUCUGCGCCUCUCCUUUCCUCUUCACGCCUCUCUUCUGCCCCUCACACCUCUCACUCCUCUUCUCUGCUCCUCUCUCCUCUCCUCUUUACGGCUCUUGUCUCCUCUUCUAUGCUCCUCUCAUCUCCUCUUCUUUCCUCUCCUCUUCGCAGCUCAGCUCCUGUCUCCUCUCUUCUGCUCCUCUCUCCUCAUUUCCUCUUCUCUCCUAG